AAGUAGCUAAUAACUAAAUUUCUUAUUUUCAUAAAGAUUAGCAUUUUCCUAAAUUCUGCCUGGGAAUAUGUGGCGGAGAGGGACCAGUUUUAUUACCAUCUAUUCACCAACGCUCAACCUGAGUUAAACUACAGAAACCCUAAAGUUGUACAAGAAAUGAAAGACGUACUAAUCUUUUGGUUAGAUAAGGGUGUAGAUGGGUUCAGAAUUGAUGCAGCUCCCUUUCUAUUCGAAGAUGCUGCUUUUAGAGAUGCCCCACUCUCCGAUAAUCACGAAAAGUACAAGCCUUACGAGUACAUGUAUCUAUCACGCAUUUAUAUUAAGGAUUUACCGGAGACUUACGAUAUGAUUUACCAGUGGAGAGAACUUCUUGAUAAUUACAAAAAACAGAAAGGAGGAAAUACUAGGUAACAAUUACGUUAUAAUAUUGGCAAUCGUAUUA